CUGUUACUGUGUUCCGCGAGUCUCUGGUCAUCUCCUGUUACUGUGUCCGCAGUCUCUGUCAACCCCUGUACUGUGUCCGCAGUCUCUGGUCAUCUUCCUGUACUGUCCGCAGUCUCUGGUCUUCUCCUGUACUGUUGUGCCAGCACGUCUCUGGUCAUCUCCUGUACUGCUGUCCCGCAGUCUCUGGUCAUCUCCUGUACUGUCUCCGCUAGUCUCUGGUCAUCUCCAGUACUGUGUCUGCAAUCUCUGGUCAUCUCCUGUACUGUGUCCGCAGUCUCUGGUCAUCUCCUGUACUGUGACCGCAGU